AUGGAGGCAGGCACAAGGGCCGUUGUGAAGCUCAGAGCCAAGUGCCUGGAAAGAGGUGCUGCAGGAAUUAAGAAGCUUAUCAGACAUCUUCGCAUCAUGGCAGAAGAAAAGAGCAAACCCUUGGACUUUGAAGAAUUUCUGAAGGGUCUCCAGGAUGGCGGGUUCUCUCUGGAGCAGGAGGAAGCCCAGCAGAUUUUCAGCCUCUGCGACAAGAGCCGGAGUGGCACGCUGGACUUCACAGAGUUCCUGGAGGCCCUGCAGCCUCCCAUGUCCGAAGCCAGGAAGGAGGUCAUCGGAGAGGCGUUCCGCAAGCUGGACAAGACCGGGGACGGCUUGGUGACUGUGGAGGACCUCCAAGGGGUUUACCAAAGCCAGGCCCACCCCAGGUUCAAGAGCGGGGAGUGGACAGAGGAGGAGGUGUUGCGCUCCUUCCUGGAUACCUUUGAUUCCCCUGACAAGGAUGGGAAGGUCACAGCCGAAGAGUUCCUGAACUAUUACAGCGGCAUCAGUGCCUCCAUCAGCAGCGAUGAGUACUUCGUGGACAUGGUCAAGGUGGCCUGGAAGCUUUAG